GCACCUUGAGCGUAUGCCUGUGUGUCCCGUACCGCCUCUUCCGCGCACAGCGCUGAAAUUUUCCGCCGACGAACUUUUUCACUCCAACACGACACAAACAACGGGCUCGAGUACGAAGAGCACACUUUGGCACAGCGAAGCAACGACAUUGGACGAUGCUCACAGGCUUGAAGAUGCUGAGAGGCUUACAGGGACAGAGGGCGUGCUCUGUGGCACGCCAGUUUUCGGUGCUGGCUCCGCUGAGAGGCCCAAACGACGACCUGGCGAGGGUUGCUGAGCAGAGGGAGAGGGCUCAGUCGAAGGAGGCCUCGAGAAAGGCGGAGCUGAGAAAGAUGGCACGUAAGCGAGCUGAAGCGCGUGCGAAUCCAGAGAGAUCGCAGUACUACAUGGACAUCGAGCAGGCUCUGCGUUACCUGAGGGCCGCGGAGGUUGGCAGGUCGCCCGAGGAGGCUGUGAUUUCCAUCACCACGUCGGUGGUUGCCGCCAAGGGAAACCCGAGACUCAGCGGCUCGAUUGCGUUCCCGAAGGCUCUUAAGGAGACCAGGAUCCUGGUGUUCACGUCUGUGGAGGAACAGAAGCAGCUUGCGCUGGGCCAGGGGGCGUCGCUGGUUGGCGGUGCGGAGCUGGUGGAGAAGAUCAAGCAAGGCGAGCUGGAGCUCCAGUUCGACAGGGCAUUCGCCACGCCGGAGAUGGUUCCACAGCUGAACCAGCUGGCACGUACGCUAGGCCCAAGAGGGCUGAUGCCGACGGUGAAGAAGGGCACUGUGAGCGAAGACGUUGCUCAGCUCAUCAGGGAGGUUUCGGGCUCCAUUCCAUUCAGACAGAAGACGGACCAGAUCUCGCUGGCUGUUGGUCGUGUCAACUUUUCCGAUAACGAGAUCAUCAGAAACGUCAUUGCUGCUCGUCACGCUCUAGAGAAGGCCAUCAGUGAACAAAAGGUGAAGAGACAGAGCAUACUGGGUCAGACGGUGAUCCAGUCCACACACGGGCCGGGCAUGGUCAUCAACGUCAAAUGAACCGACGUAUAACAGUACAUAGGUCAGCUAUCAACAUGUAUAUAAAUUACGCUUCAGUGUGUGUGUGUUCGUUGCUUCUGUCAUUCACACCGUGCUUUGUAACGCUAGACAUCGUAGCCUUAUAU